AUGGCAGCGAUCAAGCAUAAACUUACUUUCUUAUAUUACUUUGGAAGCAUAUUUCCUUUUACAAUAGUAAUAAUUUCAUGGAUAUGUUACUAUUCACUUGGCCAUUAUACAAAAGGAAAAAUUCCAUAUAUUUCAGAUACUGUUGUCAAACUGCCACAGCGUAGAAUUUUUGCAGCUGGAAUGAGCAUCGAGGGUUGGUUUAUUAUUCUUAUCUUUUACUUACGAAUUUCAUACUGCAGCGAACUUGCACAUGAAGCUAAUGUUUAUUUAACAAUAUCAUACAAAAUAAAGGUAUUUAUUUUAUGGAUACUGCUGGUUUGCGCACCAAUUGGCUUGUUUGUUCUUUCAGCAAUUACCCUUGAAAUGAAUUUAUCAGUUCAUCUUACAGGAGCAGCAGUAUUCUUCUUUGGAUCAUUCAUUUUUUACGCUGUCAGUGAUUUCACGCUCAUGCAAUGCAAAGUGAAAUUAAAUAUAAUUUCAUUAGUAUUGACAUGGCUGGUAGUCGGUUUCCUUGUAUUAUAUACAGUAUUUGCAAGCUUCUCCAAACGUUCUUUUGUUAAUGCCGGCGCCAUUUUCCAAUACAUUUCUUCUCUAUGCAUAUUUGGAAAAUUAUUCUGCAUGCAAUAUGAUAUUCCUGGACAUCACAUUGAAAUUAAAAGAGAAUAA